AUGGCCGCCUCUGUGUGGUGUAGGGAGAAGCUGGUCCUCCGUGUCCUCCUAUAGCGCUUACUGCCUCACCCUCACUCCUGGGGGGCCGGAACCAAAGGAACCUCGCUCCCCAACCCUUGGGGCACCAGCCAGGAAGGUUUCCUACCCCAUGCUUCAGGGGCAGGACUCCUCUUUCCCCCACCUCCUGAGACAGAAACUUAGGGUUUUCUCUGCUUCUCUUAGGAUCAGAAGGCAGAAAGGGCUGCUCUUCCACUUCUUCAGGGACAGAAGCCUCUCCUACCCUUCCCGUAGGGGUGCAGACCCUUACCCCAGCAUACUUAAGAGCUAACGGUGUUUCCUCAGCACUGCCACUCCAGAGGCAGGACCUGGAGGCCCGUCUGCCUUGCCUCCUGCACAGGAGCGGCCCUUCGGAGAGGAGGGAGGAGUGGAGAGGCCAGGGGACCUUUCCUUCCCCUCCCCCACUUGUCCCUCUUGCCCCCCAGUCCCUGGCAAUCCCCAAUUCCCCCUUUCUAGGACUUCCCAUCCAUCCACUCCCUGGCCUUUUCCCGUCUCCCGGCUGCAGCCAUGGAGUUACAGAAGGGAAAGGGGGCGGCAGCAGCAGCAGCAGCAGCAGCAGCUGCUUCGGGAGCAGCGGGAGGUGGAGGAGGAGCGGGAGCAGGAGCCCCAGGAGGGGGGAGGCUGCUACUUUCAACCAGUUUGGAUGCCAAGGAUGAGUUAGAGGAGAGGUUGGAAAGAUGUAUGAGCAUUGUGACAUCGAUGACUACUGGUGUCUCAGAGAGAGAGGCCAAUGACGCCCUCAAUGCCUACGUAUGCAAAGGCCCCCCCCAGCACGAGGAAAUCUGCCUGGGCCUCUUCACGCUUGUCCUCACCGAACCUGCCCAAGCCCAGAAGUGUUACCGGGACUUGGCUCUGGUGAGUCGUGACGGCAUGAAUAUUGUCCUGAAUAAAAUCAACCAGAUACUUAUGGAGAAGUACUUGAAGUUGCAGGAUACCUGCCGUACUCAGUUGGUGUGGUUGGUACGGGAACUAGUGAAGAGUGGGGUUCUGGGAGCCGAUGGUGUUUGCAUGACAUUCAUGAAGCAGAUUGCCGGUGGGGAUGUUACGGCAAAAAAUAUCUGGUUGGCAGAGAGUGUUCUGGAUAUCCUGAUGGAGCAGAGGGAAUGGGUAUUGAAGAGCAGCAUCCUCAUUGCCAUGGCUGUUUACACAUACCUUCGCCUCAUCGUCGACCACCAUGGGACCGCCCAGCUGCAGGCCCUGCGGCAGAAGGAGGUGGACUUCUGCAUCUCACUGCUUCGGGAGCGGUUCAUGGAAUGUUUGAUGAUUGGCCGAGACCUCGUAAGACUACUUCAGAAUGUUGCCAGGAUACCAGAAUUUGAACUGCUUUGGAAAGAUAUUAUCCAUAACCCUCAGGCCUUGAGUCCUCAGUUCACAGGUAUCCUACAGCUUCUUCAGUCAAGAACAUCUCGAAAAUUCCUAGCAUGUCGUUUAACCCCAGACAUGGAGACUAAGCUCCUCUUCAUGACAUCCCGGGUGCGGUUUGGUCAACAAAAGCGAUACCAGGAUUGGUUCCAGCGCCAGUACCUGUCAACCCCAGACAGUCAGUCUCUGCGCUGUGACCUCAUUCGCUACAUCUGUGGGGUUGUCCACCCUUCUAAUGAAGUGCUGAGUUCAGAUAUCUUGCCCCGAUGGGCCAUCAUUGGCUGGCUCCUGACAACAUGCACGUCAAAUGUCGCUGCCUCUAAUGCCAAGCUGGCUUUGUUUUAUGACUGGCUGUUCUUUAGCCCAGACAAGGACAGCAUUAUGAACAUAGAGCCAGCCAUCCUGGUCAUGCAUCACUCUAUGAAGCCCCACCCAGCCAUCACUGCCACACUCCUGGACUUUAUGUGCCGUAUCAUUCCCAACUUCUAUCCACCAUUGGAGGGCCAUGUGCGGCAGGGUGUCUUUUCCUCCCUCAAUCACAUUGUGGAGAAACGGGUCCUGGCGCAUUUGGCUCCCCUAUUUGACAACCCUAAAUUGGAUAAGGAGCUGCGGGCCAUGCUGAGGGAGAAGUUUCCUGAGUUCUGCAGUUCUCCCAGCCCACCUGUGGAAGUCAAAAUUGAGGAGCCAGUUUCCAUGGAGAUGGACAACCACAUGUCAGACAAGGAUGAGAGUUGCUAUGACAACGCAGAGGCAGCCUUUAGUGACGAUGAGGAGGAUCUCAACAGCAAAGGAAAGAAGAGAGAGUUUCGCUUCCACCCGAUCAAGGAGACAGUGGUGGAAGAGCCAGUCGAUAUCACCCCUUACCUUGACCAGCUGGAUGAGUCCCUGAGGGACAAAGUGCUCCAGCUUCAGAAGGGCAGUGAUACAGAGGCCCAGUGUGAGGUCAUGCAGGAAAUCGUGGACCAGGUCCUGGAGGAAGACUUUGACUCGGAGCAGCUGUCUGUCCUCGCUUCCUGCCUACAGGAGCUCUUCAAGGGCCACUUCCGAGGGGAGGUGCUGCCCGAGGAGAUCACUGAGGAGUCCCUGGAGGAAUCUGUGGGGAAGCCUCUCUACCUAAUAUUUAGGAACCUAUGCCAGAUGCAGGAAGACAACAGCAGCUUCUCUCUGCUUCUGGACCUUCUCUCUGAGCUGUAUCAGAAGCAGCCCAAGAUUGGCUACCACCUGCUUUACUACCUAAGGGCCAGCAAAGCUGCCGCAGGGAAGAUGAACCUGUACGAGUCAUUUGCCCAGGCCACCCAGCUGGGCGACCUGCACACCUGCUUAAUGAUGGACAUGAAGGCCUGCCAGGAGGACGACGUGCGACUGCUGUGCCACCUCACACCCUCCAUCUACACAGAGUUUCCAGAUGAGACCUUGCGGAGUGGGGAGCUGCUGAACAUGAUUGUGGCUGUUAUUGACUCAGCACAGCUCCAGGAGCUGGUCUGCCAUGUGAUGAUGGGGAACCUGGUCAUGUUUCGAAAAGACUCUGUCCUCAAUAUACUCAUCCAGAGCCUGGACUGGGAAACCUUUGAGCAGUACUGUGCCUGGCAGCUCUUCCUGGCCCACAACAUCCCCCUGGAGACCAUAAUCCCCAUCCUGCAGCACCUCAAGUACAAAGAGCACCCAGAGGCCCUGUCCUGCCUACUGCUUCAACUCCGAAGAGAGAAGCCCAGCGAGGAGAUGGUGAAGAUGGUGCUGAGCCGGCCCUGCCACCCCGACGACCAGUUCACCACCAGCAUCCUGAGGCACUGGUGCAUGAAGCACGACGAGCUGCUGGCUGAGCACAUCAAGUCCCUGCUCAUCAAGAACAACAGCCUCCCGCGCAAGAGGCAGAGCCUGAGGAGUUCCAGCAGCAAGCUGGCCCAGCUGACUCUGGAGCAGAUCCUAGAGCACUUGGACAACCUGCGUCUCAACCUGACCAACACCAAGCAGAACUGUAUGCUUUCCUGCCCUCUCCGAGUGCAUGGCACUGCCCUGGCUCACACCACCCGUGGAUCCGAGUGGGGCAGCUCUCAGACACCUCACUGUUCCUCCUUCCCUGUUCUCCCUCUAGUUUUCAGCCAGACCCCCAUUCUGCAGGCUCUGCAGCACGUCCAGGCCAGCUGUGACGAAGCACACAAGAUGAAGUUCAGCGAUCUCUUCUCCCUGGCCGAGGAAUAUGAGGACUCUUCCACCAAGCCACCCAAGAGCCGGCGAAAAGCAGCUCUGUCCAGCCCCCGAAGUCGAAAGAAUGCCACACAGCCCCCCAAUGCUGAGGAAGAGUCAGGCUCCAGCAGUGCCUCGGAGGAAGAAGACACAAAACCAAAGCCCACCAAGCGGAAACGGAAGGGGUCCUCUGCAGUGGGGUCUGACAGUGACUGAGGCCCUGUGUUCCCCAUUCCACCCCCAGUUGGACUGCCCUCCCCUCCUUGGUGAAUCAGGUUAAUAGGGGCUGGGGAGAUCGUAGGGGAAACACCCUGUCCCCAUCCCAGAGCUCACCCUGGGAGAAGGACGAGCUGCCUCCUUCAGCACAGCCUGAGAAGCUGCCGUGCAGCCCCCAGUCCCUCCUCCCUCCUCUCUGGGGCCUCCAGCCGCAUCACACUGCUGCUCUCACUGAUACUGGGGUUCCCACUGAAACCAGAGGCUGUACAAAACCUGGACUGUGGUGGAAGUCUUCAGCCUCCUGCCCCCUCCCCCAGCUUCCCCCAAAACUAUUUCAGUAGAGAAGAGAAAUGGCAGAGGGGCAGCUGGCCAGAGAGGCUAGGAUGAGAGUGAAAACUAUGUGGGUGCCCCUUCCAACUUCCCCCUUCAGGUCUUGAUUUGCUCUGAACAGGCAUUUUAUAGUUGCCCUCCAUACACUAGUAUGAAGUGGGCAUUUAAUCUGUGACAUGGUCAAGUCGCCUUUUCCUCUCCAUGGGCCAGAUGCCACAAGUGUUCGGGAAGGAACCUGAGAGGGAGGCCACAGCCCCACCUGGAGGCUUGUGCUGGCCUGAAGCUGGCACCUCAAGUCGGGCCAGAGCCCAGGGAGUCCCAGAGACAUGUUCCACAGAACUGUCAAAUGGUCACAUUUCCUUGAUUCUGUCUGUCUUUUCUUUCUUUCUUUUUUUUUGGCAGAGAUAAUCGCAUUUUAAAAGUUGUUUUUAAAUGACAAUAAAACAAGCCAGAACCUCUUUUGUGCCGGAGUUGCUGCCCCCACUUACCCUGUGCACGUACAGGUGGUCUUGAUUUAAUGGGCACCCCCCCCCCUUCACAGCUUCCCCUUCUCUCUUCCUGCCCACCCCCUUCUUUGUCUGGAGCAGAAGGCUUGGCUUUACCCCCCCAUCCUUCUUGCUGCUACGCCCCCAUCCUUGCUGCCACUGGCUGUGCAGGCCAGGCACUGACCUGUCCAGGCAGAAAUUGAUGCUGGCACCACCUCCCAAAAGGCUGUUUGUCUUUACCCAUCUCUCAAGAAACCAGAGGCUUCCAAAAGCUGGUAUUUGUCAUACUCUGGUGCUUACCAACUACUGGAGGACUAAAUGCUUGGGGGUGAGGGAGAGAGUUCAGAUACCUGGGGAAAAAGAACUCUCUUCCACAGUCUGGCCACUUGCCCAUCCAUGUGUACCAGCAGAAAAGAGCUCCUUGGCUAUGCUUUUGUUCCCCUGCUGCCCUGGGAGGUUGUGAGGGGCAGGCUGAGGAGAGAGGAGUGAAGUUUGGCCGACUGCAGACAGCUCCUCCUGUUCAGCCUGCAAAUUUGUCUUUUACAGAAUCCAGGUUCUCCCUUCCCUCAAAGCUGCUACUUCUUCCUUUAAACUGCUGGAGGCCUCCUUUUUUCCUUCCUCGCUCGUUCCCCAGUUUUCUCUGCCCCAAUUAAAACUAGGAUGGAAAGCA